AGCUCCUUACUCUCACAAAUGAACCUCUCGCAACAUGAUUUUUCCAUGCCAAUAAUUUCAACACUUUUUCUGGCUCUCUCAUCAGUUCUUGGUGUGGUUUGGCCUUGGAAUCAGAACGCAAAGUGAAAAUUGAGAGUAGAGAAACAAAUCUAUAAAUUUCGAUUUUCUCAUUCUGAAAAAGCAGACGAUGUUAGCUGGAGCAGGCGGAGAAGCAGACGCACCACGUGGUUCGCCGCCCCACCCGCCCACCGCUUCUGGGAAUGCGAAAAUCCGAAUUCGGAACUUCUUUGGGGACGAGCACUCUGCAGACGUUGCUGGGCUGGCUCGCGUGCGAGACCUAAGCCAACCGAGAAUUCUCCAAAUGUUCUUCCAGGGUGAUGAACUGAUCCCGCCAGCUUCGUUAAUCCACUGGACGCUCGUGCGCGAAGAUAAAGCGGAAGCGUCGGACGGUGGAGAUUCGAAAGGUGAACAAGGCCCAGCUCCUUCGGUGUUGCCAAAAAAUGACGCGGAAAUGACAGACAGCGAGGUGGUGCUUCCGGAAGACCCGGACUGGGAAAGCCUCUUGCCAGUGGAAGGACGAGCCGAGGACUCCGAUGCUGUGCCUGACUGCUUCCUCGACCCCGACACGGAAAUCGAUGUUGACAAACUUGAACAGGCGGUAUACCAGUUCGGAGUUGGUUGCGUGAGCUACGACCUCAAGAGACAACCUCAAGAGAGAGAUUUUGAUUCGUGCUGCCGAAUUAAUUUUAAUGACGCAAUACAUGACUUGCAAUCUGUGGACGAAGCGGAGGCGUUUUUCUACAGCGAAGCUCACUAUUGUGGUGGUGUCGAGAGCCAGGAGAAGCUGAAGGAGAUUCGUGGUUUUUGCGUACCGUCAUCGGCGUUUGUUUUCGACAGUCACCUCCUCGCCGUGUCUCCGAACCUAGAUAUUCGUUCAAAGGGGCACUACAAUCUUGUCUGGGCGGCGUUGAACUUUUCCGCGACGGAUUGGAGAAAAUACCACAAAGCGAUUCAUGGAGAAUUCUUUGCACCGUCGUGUCGGGAGGCAUUUUGCUGGGCUGCCAUUUAUUCAGCGUUUUUCGCGGGCUCCACACGGCAACAACCCGAGCGUGUUGCUAUCCUCCCUCCAUACAGGCAGGAAAUCACCGCAGAAGACUGCCAGAAGCUUCUGCGCCGUGCUCUCGCUGCAUUGACGGAGGACGGAAAGAAUAUCGACGCCCGCCGUGCGGCAAACUUGUUCCGCACUCCAACAUCAUAUACGACGUGCCCGAUAUUACCACUGCAAACUAGAGCGCAGGCGGAAGCAAAUCCGUACUAUUUGUACUGCAAGAUCAUUUUGGAAGGCGUUGCGAGUACCGGACAAAUACCAGCUUUCACGGCAUUGCUUCAUGAGUAUUUUGGGCUGCACGAGUGUGUCCUCCCUGACUGCAAAAGAUAUUGCCGAACCAGUGAUCAUCUUCCUCCGUUUCGUUUUUUCUUCAGGGAUGACGGAAGCCGGCUGACGGAUCCGGGCGCCGAAUUCGUCGAUGGGGUCUCUCGUGGUUUGAAGGAACUGAGUUCGGCGUUCGACAACUUGUGCAACGCAAAGACGAACUCGCUGCAUGUGAUCGAGUACAUCAUCAGGAAUGAUCUGGAGCUGGAAUGCGACGUGGCGCCAGCCAUCAAUCGCCUGCGGAGCUUCGCAGGCCUCGCUACCGCAGAGAAACUGCAGGAUGUCGGCGUCACGUUUGAGUACUACCGGCAACUUGUGGGAGAAUAUGACCGGAACGGGGAUGACUUCGGCGGGACGAUCAAGUGGACCCAGAUAAAGAACCUGUGGGACGCAGAUAAAGAUCCCGUGGACGCAGAUCAGAGGCUACGGGCGAAGCAGGUGGAACUCAGCAACGACGCGACGGCGCAGCAGGAGGAGAAGAUUAUUGCGGACUCGGACGGUAUCUAUGGGCCUUCCCCUGGCGAAGGUGGGGUGUUGCGAUGCAGAACCUGCGAUGUGAAUCUGGGUGGGAGCCUCCGAGCAUUGCAGGCGCACUUGAACUUGCACGAAGCGGGCGAAUUCGUGCGUCUCGUGUCGGAACCAGGAGACUAUUGCGUUCCGGUCGAGGAGUUUUUGGAUGGCAAGUCAGGCAACUGCAUCAUACCACCGAAGUACACGCUCAAGAUGAGGCACGUUCUUCCACCGGAGCGCUUCCUCCCUGACGGCGAGGCGAGCAAGUUCAAGCUGACGCGGAUUCGAUGCCCGGUAUGCGCCAGCCACGAGAUCCCGUGGCCACGGAAGUACCAACAGAAAAUCGGGGCGAAGACGCGGAUGCAGAACCACGAAAAGCAGUGCAAGAAGAAAAUGGCGCUGAAACUCGACAAAGAGGCAGAUUGA